AUGACGACUCAAAAGAAGCCUGGGGGCUACUGGAGCGAGGCCAAUCCCGUCCCUACCAUACAGCAAUUCAUUGCUGAAUUAGAUGCUGGAAAGGCAGAGCGAGACAGGCAAAUUGACGAGGAGGCUCGCAAGAAACCCACGCCGCAGAAACAACCUACAGGGGCAGCUGUUCCGCAUAGGAAGCCCGUGCCAAAGACCAAAACCAAGGGCCGGGUGGUGACUGAUCCAACUACAGGCACGGAGGUGGAAAUUGAUGAUGUAGAUGAGAACUUCAAGAAAGCUGUCAGGGACCCUCAGGUAAGAUUUUACCCCUUUUUAUAUCCACGGAUGGUUAAAGAGAAGGUUUUGUCUGUUCAAACCAAACCAUCGCAAAAACUGGAAGAGUACAAGCAUACUCAGGAUAUCGUAUCUCCGCCAGAGCCAAUUGCGGCUGGAACUACGAGCGAUGUGCCCAUCCAUGGGGAAAGAACCAACAUAUUAUUUCACCCGACCCCAUCAAUCAGCUAUGAGCCGAUGUUUAAAAUAUUGGAGAAAAGGGCUGGAGUCCUAUGCUCUGUUAUCUUCGGCUCCAUUCUGAUUGCUGGCCGCUUCGCGGGAGGUGAAUUGAAAUGGAUAUUCCCGCUUGCCUGUUGUGUUGCAACGGGGGUAUGGCUCUGGACUUAUGAUGUUAUCCGUCGAGGGCGGACAUUUGAAUGGCAUUCGGAAAAGCUCCGUGGACAAACAGCAACUGCAAAUCUCCUUCCAGAGUCCGCAGAAUGGCUGAAUUCGUUUGUUGAGAUAUUUUGGGGCUUGAUCAACCCAGAUAUGUUUGCUAGCGUUGCUGACACCAUUGAAGAUGUCAUGCAUGCAUCGUUACCUGGAAUAAUCGAGAACGUCCGAAUAGCUGAAAUAGACCAAGGAUCCAACCCCUUGCGCAUAAUCAGCUUGAGGUCAUUGCCUGAUGGGCAAUGUUCAGAUUUAAUAGAAGGGCUGCGCAAUUAUAAUCUGGAGAACAAAGACGAACAGCAAGCUGCCGCUGAGGAGGAAGGUGGCCAACCUUACAACCUUGAAUGUACAUUUGCGUACCAUGCUAAACCUGGUGAAAACACCUUUUCCAGAGCACAAAACAUGCACAUGAUGGUGGUUUUCUAUCUCGGAGUCAAGGGUUUAUUCGGUGUUCCCUUUCCUAUUUUUGUUGAAUUGUCAGAGCUCGUCGGCACUGUCAGGCUUCGUUUGCAACUCUCUCCUGAAGCACCAUUCGCUAAGAGCUUGACAUUCAGCUUGAUGGGGAUGCCACAUAUCCGAGCAGGCUGUACUCCCAUGAUCAAACGAGGAAUCAACAUCUUGAACCUCCCAUUGAUAUCCAACUUUGUCAACUAUGCCAUUGGAGCGGCAGUGAGCAUGUACGUGGCACCAAAAUCAAUGUCGCUUGAUCUUGGUAUGAUGCUUGGAGGUGAUGAUAUCCAAAAGGAUACCAGCGCACUGGGCGUUUUCUGGGUGCGGAUCCACCGUGCCAAGGGCUUAAGCAAGCAAGACAAGAGAGGAAGCAAGGGCGGUGGCAGCGAUCCUUACAUCAACCUGUCGUUUUCAAAGUACGGGAAACCGAUGUAUUGUACCAGGGUUAUUUGCGAUGAUCUCAACCCAGAAUGGGAAGAGUCUGCAGCUCUUCUUGUGACCCCGGAGCUUAUCAAGGCCGACGAGAAGCUCAGCGUCGAGUUAUGGGAUUCUGACAGGAAUACUGCCGAUGAUAUCGUGGGCAAGGUUGAGCUGUCUAUGCAAAACUUGCUUCAACAUCCUGGAAAGAUGUUCCCUAUUACUUCCAAGCUUCAGGGUAUGGAUGCAGGCACUGAGAUGCCAGGAGAACUUUUCUGGGAAGUGGGAUACUUCCGCAAACCACAUUUCCGACAUGCUCUUCGCACUGAUGGCAAGGAUGAAACACUCCCUAAGGACUUGAAGGACCAUCCUGCUCUCCAAGAUGAGAAGGGGAAUGUACCUGAGCCCGAAGAUGAUGCUGAGGCAGUUACAUGCACCCCUCCUGAUCCUCUUUGGCCGAGUGGUAUAUGCACAAUCGUCAUCCAUCAGGUUGUAAACCUGCAAGUUCAAGAUAUCAAAGGAACUCUCAAAAACAGAAAGGGUAACGAGUAUGAGGCCGCUAGAUCUUAUGGAGAGAGUACCGGGGAGGAAGGAAAGCAAUUCCCAACCAGCUACUGCACUGUCCACUUGAACGACGAGCCGAUAUUCCGCACCCGAGCCAAGGCAGUGUCCAGUAAGCCCAUAUUUAACGCUGGAACGGAGAGGUUCGUUCGGGAUUGGAGAUCAGCUAUGGUCACCAUUGCUGUCCGUGAUCAGAGAAACCGGGAACAUGAUCCGAUUCUGGGUAUUGUGCCCCUUAAGCUCUCUGAUAUCCUCCAGGCCAGUUCUCAAGUCACUAGAUGGUAUCCCCUUGACGGCGGUAUUGGCUUUGGACGUAUUCGGAUAUCCCUCCUAUUCCGCAGUGUUGAGCUUAGGCUCCCGCCGAAGCUACUUGGAUAUGAUGUCGGCACCUUCAGCAUCACAUCAAACAAAAUCAUACUGCAAAACUGCGCGUCUCGCGGUAAGUUGAAGAUCAGGACCAGUGGAGUUCAUUAUUCGGUGCCUCGUUCUGCGUGGAAACCGGAUUCCAUAGAAGAAAAUGGAGGUUUCUUUGACCUCACAUCCGACUUGAAGGAGGAAAUCAUAUUGCCUACCAAACAUCGUUAUCGGUCUGCGAUAAUAUUUGAAGUUCAACAUAGCUCCGGCACCGCCCACGCCCUUGUGUGGCUCCAGAACCUUGUUGACAACGAAGAAACGCCCGUCGACUUACCUGUCUGGACAGCUAAAAAUGCCUGGCGACUAGUUCAGAACUACAUGACAGAAGAGAACUGGGAAGAAGCCAAAAAUAGUCCUGGUUUGGAAGACCUUGAGAUGGUUGGACGAAUCCAGUUCAGCUGCCGUUUCACCCCUGGUUUCCAUCAGACCCAUGAGAAGCUGGUCAAUAACAAUGAUUCCAGGGAAGCCUUUGAAACAUGGGAAGCGAGUGUAUCUGAAGGCGUACGGGGAGAGAUCCGCUCAGAGGUUCCUCCAACGGUGCAGAGGUUACAUGAAAAGUCCCUAGUCCAGGAACGGGAUAUCCUCCGUCAAGCCAGCGCCAAACUUCGAAGGCCUAGAUCGAAGGACAGCAACUUAUCCUCAAUUGACGAUAUUAUCCGACAAUCGAUGACAGGAAACGCCAGCUCUCGUAUGGAGGGGGGUGCAGCAUCCGAAGGCCAACACGAGAACCAGAGUAGGAAUCAAUCUCGUCCAACAACAGCCGGGAGCGCAAAUGCAAAUGCAAAUGUAAACACAGAUGCAGAUGCAGGCGUAACUGCGAAUAGAACCGUUCUAGCACCCAUGACGGUGGGCGGAGAUGGCAUGCCUGAAAGCCACAAUAAUCCUCAGAUGAUGGACUACGCCGACGGCCCUACCACUACUGAAGCGGUUGAUAGACCCCUCGGAGAAGGAGAAGUAGCUGGAGCUGAGGUCGCCGGUGGUGGAGCUAUGGCUUCUCAUGAAUAUGAUCUAGAUGAUGGUAGGGUGGAUGGCCAUGGCGAGAAUGACAACAAUGAUGACAACACCGACACUGCACUUGCUGACGGGGUCCUCUCGGAAUCAAGCCACGAAACAACGGAGGAGAGGAGGGAACGAAUUGGCAACAAGGAGAACCGACGCAGCGAAUGGCGAAAGCAUCGUGGCGUGAUGCAAUGGCGCCCAGCUCGUAAUGCCGCUUUCGUCAAACACGAAGCUUCGUUUGCGAUGAAGAAGGUGAAGGACAAGCUUAUGGGCGACAUGACGGGCCGCGAGCCAGAUAUCCAAACCGAAGUCGGCUGA